AUGCUCUCAUCUUCAGAGGGUGGAAUAACUGACAUCGUGAUCCCUAGACUGUGGGGUAUGAACCUCAUCGCAUCCGAGAAAGAUACCUGGCGAAGGCAUAGGCGCAUCAUGGGCCAAGGCUUCAAUUCACUGACUUACUCCCUCGUCUGGUCCGAAACACAGCGCAUCUACCACGAAAUGCUCGCUGGCGAGGGCUGGUCCUCCUCCUCUACUUCUGACGAUGCAGCCAGCCCGAAAUUGAUCGACCAUGUGGAUAUCAAGGCCGUGCAAGAUUAUACGUUCAAAGUGACACUGAGCGUGAUCACUUCCUGUGGAUUUGGUCUCGAAUCCAAGUGGGACGAACCCCCUAUGGAUGAGAAAGGGAGGGCGAGCGUGCAGGAGGCUCUUAAGUUGUUUACGGACCAUGCGACGCUGUUUAUCAUUGCCCCGGAGUGGUUCUUCAAGUUGCCUGGGAAGUGCAAUGGAAUCGUGGUUGUGGCGUCCGGAUACAGAAGUCACGGUGACGUUGGAAUCGAAGGGAUAGACGCCCGUGUUGAUAAGGAAAUUGAAUUACCGCGAUUGAGAAGCGAAGAGGAAAUGAGAGCGUGCAAAACGGGAAUAGGAAUGUCCAUAUAUGAUGCAUACCUGAAUGUCUCCAAUCACAAGUGA